UCUUAUCUGACACACAGACGAAGCGAAAACAAUUUAUUUAGGUGAAAGUAAUCCAACUUUAGCACAAUCGUCAUGUUGUUUAGCGGUCAUUAGGACCACACUACAGGUGGUUUGAAGUUUUAAAGAACGAAAUAGAUUAAAAUAAACAAUUCUGCUACAUCAUUAGAAAGAAAAUAGGAAUUUUGUCUCCGUGGUUAAAAUUACUCUCCAAGUCCUCCUUCUGUCAUGGCGAGCAACCUCGUUUUCAAGUUGCUUCGUCUUCCUGUCACCUCUAAAAUUGCGUGUCUCCGGUCGGGUCGCUUGUUUCGGGGUAAGGUGGCUGCAGUGGCGGCUGGGACCAGACCGUCCUCCGGCACCCUUCCGGAGAAGAUCAGCCGCUAUCCCAUUCCUUACAAGAAGGACCUGCCUUAUGAUAUAGUUGAGCUCAUGGAGGAAGUGGAGUCAAAGGGAGGCUUCCUGCCAAAUGUCUUCAAAGCCCUCUCCCACAGACCAGCUGAGUUCAGAGCCUUCUUCGCUUACUACAAUGAACUGAUGAACAAGGACACAGGCGGGUUGACAAAAGCAGAUCGUGAGCUGAUCAUCGUUGCAACAAGCAGUCACAACAAGUGUCUUUACUGUGUGGUUUCCCACAGCGCAUUGCAUCGUGUCUACUCAAAGAAACCAACACUCGCGGAUCAGGUCAUCGUUAACUAUCAGAUCGCAGACCUUACGCCUCGGGAACGAGCCAUGCUGGACUUUGCGAUGGCUGUGUGUCGCUGUGACACCAUCACAGAUGAGCACUUCCUGUCCCUGGAGGAAGUGGGCUUUGACCGGGAGGAUGCCUGGGAUAUCGCCGCCAUUGCAGCUUUCUUUGCCAUGUCUAACCGGCUCGCCCACCUCACCGACAUGAAGCCAAACCUAGAAUUCUUUAAUAUGGGCCGCGUGCCACGCGACAAAAGCAAGAACACGACUGACAUGUGAAAAUCAUCAGUAGUAGUUGUCAUCCUACACCAUGUGUUCACUCUAAAGCUGGUUUCUGCCUCCCCCUGCGUACCUAGUGACACGAGGAGGAAUCGGUAAGGUCCACGAGCCUUUAGGAAAUUCAAAAUAAACAUUAAAGCUGUUCCGAGAUCAGAUUUGAGGUUCUAAAAUGGCUCAGAGGCAAUAUUAGAACUAUUACCAGCAAAUGUCAAUAUUCUAAGAUGUUUUUAUGGCAAUCAGGAUUAUCUAUGUGGCCUCAUUUCUGAACAUAAAGACUUAAGAUUGAGCUUUUUGUUGAACAUUUGAUGCAAAAACACCUUUUACUUGUGUAGCUUUGAACACUUUGGUGAAGGAUGAAUGUUAAAUGUGUGGUUGAAUGAAAAAGCAUUUUUAAAUUAUUAUUUCUGAUUUAAUAAGUCAUUCUGAGUUUUUCAUGGAGGCAGAACAUGAAAAUGGUCUUUAAAACAUACCUCCUGCAUUGGCUUCUGAGAGAAAAUAGGUGGUGAAACUCUAGGAUCUGUAAAUCCUCACAGAUCUACGUCACCCUGUGAAUUAGAAUUCACGGACUCACUGAUCUUGACUCGUGACUGGGAAGGCUGCUGUUGUUUUAACGUUUGGGAAUCAGUAGAGGACGUCUUGGCUAGUUUAAGCUAACUAUUAGCAUUAGAAAUGCUACCACACAGCAGAAACUCUUCCAGGCUUGUGUUUGUGGGAAUAAAAACAUCCAUGUUGCACGUCAGCGGUAGAGUCGUGUUGCUGAUAUCCAAUCUGGGUCGAGAUGUCCAAAUUUCGUCACCACCCUUUCCUUAUUCUGCUCUUUCCUAUUCAUUUUCUCUCUCCCUUUCCUUACAUUAUUAUGUUUUAAUCACAAUGUUUAUUUUUCUAAUUUUAAACCUAUUUUUAAAAAUCUUUUUUAUACCUUUAUUUUUUGGUUUAUGUGAAGCUUUCUUUCUUUCUUUCUUUCUUUCUUUCUUUCUUUCUUUCUUUCUUUCUUUCUUUCUUUCUUUCUUUCUUUCUUUCUUUCUUUCUUUCUUUCUUUCUUUCUUUCUUUCUUCAGGAAAUAAGACUCCAAAACUUGCCAUCUAUAUCUGUUUUCUAUAAUGCAAUCUAGAAUUUUCUUUUUUAUUUGACCAUAAAAAAGUUUUUCUGUUGAAGCUUCAUAAAAUAAAACUCUUAACUUGU